AUGGGAGUUAACAUGUCAUGUCUAAGAUUCGAAAACAUAGGCAAAGACAAAGUGAAAAGAAUCUAUGUUGUUCAUGUUCCAAAGGUAACUCAACUUUUGAAGAUAUACUGUAGUGUGUUGGUUCCAUAUCGUAUAAAACCAAACAGCGGUAAUGGUCGGUCAUCAAGUGCAACUAGCGGCGGUACAUCGUCUAUUCUUUUGUUUACUUCAAUGAAUGCUGGAAUCAUUAUCUCUGUUCUCUACUUUGGUGUUCAUGUGUUUUUCACUGCUUUAUGGCAUUUAGGUAGUGUGAUCUCUGUUCUUGAACCGGUUUAUGGACUUGCCGCUAUGAGGAAAGCUUACGAGUUGCUUAAAGGGAAGACUAAGAUGGCUAUGGGUUUAGUCUUUGUUUACCUUUUGCUCUGUGGGUUGAUUGGAGUUGUCUUUGGAGCUGUUGUUGUUCAUGGUGGAGGGAAGUAUGGAACUUUCACUAGGACUUUGGUUGGUGGUUUGCUAGUUGGUGUUCUUGUGAUGGUUAAUCUUGUGGGUUUGCUUGUUCAGAGUGUGUUUUACUAUGUUUGCAAGAGUUACCAUCAUCAGACCAUUGAUAAGACUGCUUUGUAUGAUCAUCUUGGUGGGUAUCUUGGAGAUUACGUGCCUCUUAAGAGUAACAUUCAAUUGGAGAACUUAGACAUUUGAAGAUGAUAUCUCUGGUACUGUUCUCUCUUCUCUUAUUAUCACUCUCUCUUGCUGUCUGUAGUAGUAUGUAAACAUUUGAGAAGAAGAAAUGUGGAAUCUGAAUAUUAGUUUUUGAUGUAAUGUGUACGUAUUAGACUCAAGACUCUUUGUUGUUAUUGGCUUUGAUUUGAUAAUUGAUCCAUGAUUUGAACGAUUU